CGAGCCUUCACGGGACCCCAAUACGUUUGUUGACCGACCCAUCCUCAACGCAAGAAAUCAAUGGCGGCCUCGCUCUGCCACUUCCCUCCUGCCGUCUCCUCCUCCUCCUCUCUCUUCGUCGGAUCCAAAUCCCGAUCCCUUCUCCUCGCCGUCUCCCCCUUCAAGCACUUUCCGUCGAAGUCCAGUAUCUCCGCCUCCCUCCCGUGGACCAGGAGCUAUGCCGUCUCCAACGAUGCCGCCGCCUUCUCGGUCGCCUCCCCGUCCGAUCUGAGGGAAUCGCCUUCUCUGGGGGAAAUCACUCGCCCAGACUUCCCCAUCCUUCGCCAGGUGGUUAAUGGAUUCAACCUGGUUUAUUUUGACAAUGCUGCGACAUCUCAGAAGCCUUCAUCUGUUAUCAAGGCCUUGAGUGAAUACUAUGAAUUGUAUAAUUCAAAUGUUCACCGUGGCGUACACUAUUUGAGUGCAAAGGCAACGGAUGCCUAUGAAGAAGCGAGAAACAAAGUUGCCAAUUUUGUCAAUGCAGCAGAUCGAAGAGAGAUCAUAUUCACUCGCAAUGCUACAGAAGCUAUCAAUUUAGUAGCCUAUUCAUGGGGUGCAUUAAACUUAAGGCCUGGGGAUGAGAUAGUACUCACAAUAGCUGAGCAUCAUAGUUCUAUCGUUCCUUGGCAAAUUGUCGCUAAAAAGACAGGCGCUGUUCUGAAGUAUGUUGAAUUGACAAAAGAAGUCCCUGACCUUGAUCAAUUCAAGGGACUCCUUUCAAAGAACACAAAGCUUGUAGUUGCACAUCAUGUCUCUAAUGUACUAGGUUCUGUUCUUCCAAUUGAUGAGAUCGUAGACUGGUCACAUAAGGUUGGUGCGAAAGUUCUCGUGGAUGCUUGUCAGAGUGUUCCUCACAUGGUAGUAGAUGUACAGAAACUUAAUGUUGAUUUUCUGGUUGCCUCAUCACAUAAGAUGUGUGGGCCUACAGGCGCUGGUUUCUUGUAUGGUAAAAUUAAUCUCUUGUCGUCAAUGCCUCCAUUUUUAGGUGGUGGUGAAAUGAUAACUGACGUGUUUCAAGAUUAUUCAACCUAUGCCGAGCCACCUUCCAGAUUUGAAGCUGGAACUCCAGCUAUUGCAGAAGCUAUUGGUUUGGGGGCAGCAAUUGAUUAUUUGUCGAGCAUUGGAAUGGAAAAGAUCCAUAAUUAUGAGAAAAAACUGUCAGAAUAUCUAUACUAUCAACUUAGUAGUGUACCCAACAUUCACAUCUAUGGUCCUGCUCCUUCAGAUACAGUUCAUCGAGCUGCUCUUUGUGCAUUUAAUGUUGAUAACAUCCAUCCAACGGAUAUCGCGACAUUCCUUGAUGAACAGCAUGGAGUGGCUGUUCGUUCAGGACACCAUUGUGCCCAGCCUCUACACCGAGCCUUAGGUGUCAAUGCGAGUGCGCGGGCUAGUCUAUACUUUUAUAACACAAAAGAAGAAGUGGACACCUUCAUUCAAGCACUUAAAGAUACUAUCGAGUUUUUCACCACUGCUGCGUAAGUUACCCUUAGAUGCAUCAAGCUCCUAUGUACUUGUAAAUGCUAGCUUUAGCUCUAUGUAUACUAUGUUUGUGUUAAAACUAGAGGAAGUAGAUUACCUUUAGAUGCAAUUUUUAUUUCCUUUAAAAUAAAGUUGCAAAUGCAUUUGUACUCUUUUACAUGAAACAAUAAUCCUUUUCUAUUCAUGACAUAGGAAACUCAGGCCAAA